AUGAGUUACAUACGCAAGACAUUUAGGAAGUGGAAAAAUAACAAGACCGCUAAUCGAAACCUGGAGAUGAAGCAGUUACAUAUAACUUUGGAAGAGGAGAUGCAGAAGAUCAAGAGACACCUUGAUAUUAAGAUCGAACAUCUCCGAGACGAAACAAUAGAGAAACUGAACCUAAUGAGGGAAGAACAACAAGCUGAGCUACAAGGCCUUCAAAAAGUCUUGACCAAAGAUAUAGAGGAGGUCCAUCAGCUUUUUCAAGUACAAAGGAAUACAGAGAAUGAGCAAAGGAGACCAGAAGAGGAUCAAACACAAGAAAACAAAACAGGAGAUGACACUGAGCCUUCCAGCCCAUUUGUGACAGCAGAGGAAUUCAAUAAGAUCGAGGGGCUGCAAGAAGAACUUCCAGUUCCUGAGACCUGCCCUGCAAAAUAUAGUUCCUCCUCUCACUCAAACUCAGAGUCUGACAACAUCCAUGAUUGGAGAACCUUCCUGGAUGACUAUGAUGUUGUAUCUCUACUUGGAAUAGGAGGAUUUGGAGAAGUAUAUGCAGCAAGAAGGAAAGCUGAUGACGUACCAGUUGCCAUCAAAGCCAUGAGCAGAGAAACAGUGGCAGAGUGGGUCCAGUUUCCCAAAGAGUCACAGCCAAUCCCUAUUGAAAUUGCUCUAAUGAAAAUGGUGUGCAGGGUUCCAGCUUCGCCCAGGAUCAUCCAGCUCUUGGAUUGGUGUAUCAGCCCCUAUGACAUUGUGCUCAUCCUAGAGCAUCCCAAGCCCUGCAUUAACCUGCUUGAUUUUAUUGUGGAACGACGAGAGUACCUAGAGGAGCAGUUUGCACGACGCAUCUUUCUGCAGGUUGUGGAAGCUCUCCAACACUGCCAAGCCAGAGGAGUAUUCCAUAGAGAUGCAAAAGUCGAUAACUUCCUUAUCCAAAGCCCUACAUGCCAAAUUAAGCUGAUUGACUUUGGGUGUGGAGCUCUGCUGCAUGAUGGGGAAUAUACAAGCUACAGGGGCUCCCGUAAAUAUGCCCCACCGGAGUGGUUCACUAAACUGCGUUACCAAGCCCAACCAGCCACCGUGUGGUCACUAGGUGUGUUACUUUAUAUGGUACUUUGUGGGAUUAUGCCAUUUGAGAGGAAAGAGGAGACUAUCAGAGGAAAAGUAAAAUUGCCCAGGAAAGUGUCCAGAGAAUGCCUGAAUCUGAUUAAGCGGUGUCUUUCCCUCAAUCCUAAAGACCGUCCUUCUUUAGAGGAGAUUCUUAAACAUCCUUGGAUGAUGCGAGAUGAAAACAUGAGGCCUUUCGAAGUUCAACAAUCUAGUCCAUGA